AUGUCGGCUUCUCUUCAUUCUCGGCUUGCUUCCGUCGAGUCAUCCAUCGAGAAGGUCUCUGGCUUGAUACGUCGUUUACAAUCCUUUGGCAGUUCAGACAACUAUGAUGACGAUGAGCGAAUCGAUCUUAGUACCGAGAUUCAUCAUGAUCUUGGAGAGAUAGAAGAAGAAAUGGAGGUCUUACGCGUAGAGACGCACCCUUUUGACCGGAGGCGACAUCAACGCAUGGAGAGUGUACCCGUUAAUUCUGAGGGCGGGAAGGCCAUGGCUCUCAUGGCAAAGCUGGAAGAAGACUUAAAAAUGGCUCGGUCUAAAUUCAGGAGAGCACAGAUAGAAGCCAAGCGUAACUCGGAAAGGGCAAAGAAUAGGCAGAGACAGCUUCUCUUUCAACCUUCUGCGGCCGGUGAGGAUGGGCCAAAGAAGAGAUUGCCAAAGUUCACUCACGGCGACCUCGUUGCAAACUCGUCAAAGGAUGUGACUGCUGCACUGAGGCAAACGCACAGUCUCAUGCAGGCCGAACUUUCAAGGAGCCAGUUUGCGCAGGAAACUUUAGAACAAUCCACCAAGGCUCUUGGCUCUCUGUCGGAAUCAUACAGCAACCUGGAUACCCUUCUUGCAUCAUCUAGAUCCCUCGUAAGCUCGCUUCUCCGGUCCCAGAAAUCAGACACAUGGUACCUGGAAACGGCAUUUUAUAUCCUUAUAGGCACGAUAUCAUGGCUUAUUUUUAGACGAAUACUCUACGGCCCUCUGUGGUGGAUUGUCUGGCUCCCUCUCAAACUCAUUGCUAGAAUCACAGUUAGUAUAUUCGGAGUUUCUAGCGGUGUGUCUAUGGGCCUGGCUAGGGAUUCUAAAUCGAUUAUAUCGACGCAGUCAUUACCCACGGUUAACUUGGGGCCAACAGCAACGAAUUCCUUGUGGAACCCAGACUCUACCAAGGCCGCUGGUAUACCGGAUAUGGCUGAAGAUAUCAAUCGCUGGACUGGAGCAGAUGGAGCAGAGCAAGAUAAACAAAUACCUACGCAGCGACCAGACGGCCCAAAGGUGUAUCCUAAUCCUAACAAGAGGAUGUGGGAAGAACCUCUAGUGGAUGAACUCUAG